GAGCAAUACAGAAGAAGUCGAAGAAGUUCAAGUCAGUGUUGGCUGAAAAGGGUAGACGAUUGGAAGCGGAAAGUGGUUGGUUUUUGCUUUCCAUUUCGUUGCGUGGUGUAUUUUUGGCUGGCGUCGUCUCGGUUGCGUUUUAAAUUAGAGGAAACUAGGCGCAUAGUAUCAUUACGGCAGUAAAAUUAGAUCAGUGGCAGUGUUUUGUCUUUAUGCAUACCUAGAUAAGAUAGGCUGAAUGGUGAUUGGUGAUGUGUCUUGUGUUGUGAUUUGUUUUUUUUUUCGGCUGAUAGUAUCUAAUCUACCAUACUAUACAGUGAUAGCGAAAACAACGGCAGUAAAAACUAAUGUUGGCAAUUUCAGUGACGUGCAGAAGAUAGGGCGAGUUCAGUGACCAUCCACUAGAACCAGGAAGUGACGGGAGCAAUUUCAUCUUAUGCUUUGUAUGUGGUGUAGCUCGCUUCUCGCCCAGACAGACGGACACACCUGCCACAGCCGUUUCCAACGCCUUUGCCAGAGAGGGGCGCGAUUGGCAUUUGCAAAUCAGGAAUUUGCACAUUCUUCUCUCGUUGAAAGUUGGUUUUUCGGCUUCUGUGAAAUACGUGUAUUACGCAUCGCGACGAACGGGAACCACGAAUGGCAAAAUGUUUAAUGAAAACGCUACGGUGAUGCUGCCAGCUGGACACAAAACUAUUUCACGAAAGGGCAACCGAAGGUAGAGUUUGCAUCAGCCACAGAUUGGAUAAAGAUGAACGAGGACGAUCCGGUCAACAAGAGAAUCUUGUUGGAACGUGCCAAUGAUGAACGGGAGGCGAUAUUCAAGCGGUAUGAUAGGGGUAGGAAGAACAUCGACAUUGAUGCUUGGGACGAUCCGGCGUUCGAAAUUUACACCCAAGCCGACCGGUACGGGUUCUUACAUCCAGAAAAAGAAGAACCGAUGCGGGAUGAUCUGGAAAAGGCCCGGCGAAAACAGAUCGAAAUGGAGCGGUCGAAAAAAUGGCUCAAAAUGAUGAAGAAUUGGAGCAGUGCCGAAACGAAGGAACGACUGCAGCGAAGGGUGUUGAAAGGAAUACCAGAUCGACUGCGAGCUGCCAUUUGGAAGAAAUUGUUAAACAUUGAGCAAGCCGUGAACGAAAACCCGGGAGUUUAUGAUAAGAUGCUCAAAUUCGCUCGUCAGUAUAGCCCCGAUAUUCGGCAGAUUGAUGUGGAUGUGAAUCGACAGUUCCGAAAUCACAUAAACUAUCGCGAGCGGUACAGCGUGAAACAGCAGAGUCUGCUCAAGGUUCUUGCUGCGUACAGUAUGUACAAUAUGGAGGUGGGCUAUUGCCAGGGUAUGUCAACCGUGGCUGGUGUUUUGCUAAUGUACUUUGACGAGGAAGACACAUUCUGGGCACUGAAUGCUCUGCUCUCCUCGGAACGGUACGCUAUGCACGGGUUGUACGUUGAAGGGUUCCCUAAGCUGAUGAGGUUUCUGCAACACCACGACAAAAUUCUCACCAAGUGUAUGCCAAAAGUGAAGAAGCAUUUAGACAAGCACGGAGUGGACUCAGUGCUGUACUCGCUCAAGUGGUUUUUCGUGAUUUUCAUCGAGAGGAUACCAUUUAGCCUUUGCCUUCGCGUGUGGGACAUCUACAUGCUGUUCGGCGAACGAGUCCUGACUGCGAUGGCCUACACCAUACUCAAAAUUCACAAAGUAAAACUGCUGCGAAUGAAGGACAUGGAUCAAAUAACCGAAUUCCUACAAAUAACACUGUACAAAAACUUUGGAUACGAUGACGAUACUGUGAUAAAAACCCUUCAGCUGGCGAUGUACGAACUAAAGAAGCUGAAUCUAGAUAAGCUGCCGGCACCUCCGCCCAGCGAAUUUCCUAAAUACCCAUUCGGGCAGUUUAUCGAGCCCAGCUUUGAUACGAAGAUUGGCCAUCGGAACGAAAAGUUCACUGAGAAGGAGACGGAAUUGAAGCAAACCGUGCUGUACCGGAGCGAAUCAAAGAACGACGAAGAUGAUCAGCAGGGAGAGGAUGACCAAACUGAGCGUGACUGCGAUGAUAUCACCGAUGAUACGAUUAGCAACCUCCAAACAGAUUACGAUGAUGGAAGCAUAACGAAGCACUCGCUAACAGGAACAUCAAUCACAUCAACUAACGAUGUCAGCAUAACAUCGUACGAGCGUACCUGUGAUAUCUUCCGGGUGCCGCACAACGGCAGCACUGUUCCUAAUGUUGGAUUAGAGGAUAGUAUGAGUGUAAUAUCGACGCAGCUUACAAUGGACCGGAUAGAUUCUCCGCCAUUACUUGCUACGGUUCCUAGCGAUAAAGUUAUAGUUUUGGUGGUACCGAACGGCCAUGUCAACGCAGCAGCCGUGGACGACGAGGACGAAGACGAAGUUACCGAGAAACAGAUUUCUAUCUGAAAGAACCUUGGUAGGUGGAAUCGGUUACAUUAUCUUAUAGCGACAAUCAACCGUCCAACCCAGGAUACACACUGCCAAAAUAUGAGCCUCAUUUUGAACAACUAACACGUGAAUCCUAAUCGCUGAUUAUCAGUGUUGUCAAUAGCAAUAAAACUUCAUGUUCCGUGAAACAUUGCGGUUGCGAUUUUUAUUCUAAUAUAUUGUAGAUGUUGCUCAGAUACUGUUUUUUCUUAUAGAACGUAAUCGUGAAAGCUUUUCUGUAACAGAAAUUUGGAGUCGUAAGCAAUGAGAGUAAAAGUAAGCGUUUUGUUUCAGUUAAAUUGUAUUGUGGUUUGUACUUUGCUAUACUAAAGUGAGAUAAUAUACUCG